AUGAUAGAUUUUACAGAAAGUGAUAAAGAAAUUGAAAUUGUGUUUUAUAGAACACCAAGGGAUCGUAAUGAGUAUAAAUUUGAGGUUGAAAAUUCUAAUUUGAUCAAAGAAUACGAAGAUAAUAGAGAGGUAAUUAAGUUGUAUGCACCUGUAAAGAUAGAUCAAGUUUUAAAAGAAGAUCAUAAAUUUAUUGUAAAGUGUACAAAGUGCCAAGAAGGUAUCUGGGAAACAUUAACAGGACCACAAACUACAUUAAAAGAAAUAUUAAAGGAUACUAAGUUUGAAAAGAAUCAAGAAAAAGAUUUAAGUGAGAUAAUAUCAGAUGUUUAUAAAAAUGGUUCACCAGAAACAAGAAAAGCUAUGGAAGAAAGUUUUAUUGAAAGUCAAGGAACUGUUUUAAAUUCUAAUUGGAAUCAAGUAAAGAAUGAAAAGAAUGAAAAAUAA